AUGACAGGCGCCCUGUUGGAGUCAGGACCUUCCUCAGAUCCCGAUCCCAAUCCACCUUCACCUCUCACAAUGCUUCGAUCGCUGCACGCAUCCGACCAUCACCGUGAUGGCUUAGCAAAUCAUGCGAGUGAUUUCAAUGACGCAGAAGAUCGUGUUCGAUUCGACAUGUUGCGUCAGGCCCUGGAGAACCUGGACAAUCUUGAACUGGAAGACGACGAGGACAAAGAGUGCGAAGAAGAGGCACCUCAAGACCCGGCAUUAGCUAGAGCCCGAGCCCAAGAGGCAAUCGAUUGGCAUCCGUUCAAAAACAAGGAACGCCAAUCAUGA